AUGAGCGCUACAUGUAGCUCGUGCAAUACCACCUUUCGGAUAACCGGAUUCCGUGGAUUCCGUCACGAAAAGUCUGGACCUUACCGUGGCGUGGCGGUUUGUGACCAGGUUGGUUCUGACGAACGCAGUCUCCUGGCCCUCCAGGUUGGGGGUUGGAACAUGUACGGCGACUUGUUCCGUAGAAAAGGUAAUGUAUGGGGACCCUGUCGGUAUCCCAGCCCUCGUACAACCAUGACCUACACAGCUAACAAUACUCUCCUGCCACAUUGGCCGUCGCGUGGUGCCAUCAGCCGGGUCGCCUUACUUGCUGCAUACAGCAGGGCGGUGUUUGACCAUCGAUGUCUUCGGAGCAUUGCCCGAAUCUGGCGGGAACACCGGAUCAGCAAUUCUGAAGUACGUCGAAUGGUAUUCGAGAGAAAUAACUCACCCUCGAUAGAUGAACUGAUCACACUGCACAAGUUGCGCUGGCUUGACUACGUGCUGCGUAUGCCAGUCGACCGACUUCCCCGAAGGGCUCUUUUCGCCCAACCAUGUGAAGGGUGGAAGUGA